GCGCGCACGUGGCGGCGCGGCGCGGUCCCGCCCCCAGCGGCGGCGCCGCCUCUCUUUAAAGCGCGCUCGGGGCUGCCGCUGCCUCCUCUUGUGCGCUGCCGCGGCCCGCGCUGCCCGCCGGCAUGUCGGACAAGCUGCCGUACAAAGUGGCUGACAUCAGCCUUGCUGACUGGGGUCGCAAGGCCAUUGAGAUCGCAGAGAAUGAGAUGCCGGGGCUGAUGAAGAUGCGGGAGAUGUAUGCUGCGUCGAAGCCACUGAAAGGUGCAUGUAUCGCAGGUUGCCUUCAUAUGACUGUGCAGACGGCAGUUCUCAUAGAGACCCUUAUAGAGCUGGGAGCUGAGGUACAAUGGUCAAGCUGUAACAUUUUCUCCACGCAGGACCAUGCGGCAGCUGCUAUUGCGAAAGCUGGUAUCCCUGUGUUUGCCUGGAAAGGGGAGACAGACGAGGAAUAUCUCUGGUGCAUUGAGCAGACACUGUACUUCAAGGAUGGGCAGCCCCUCAACAUGAUUUUGGAUGACGGUGGAGAUCUUACCAACCUAGUUCAUACCAAAUACCCACAGCUUUUGAAAGGAAUUAGAGGUAUUUCAGAAGAGACAACUACUGGAGUUCAUAACCUGUACAAGAUGAAGGCCAAUGGGACCCUGAAAGUGCCAGCCAUCAAUGUUAACGACUCUGUCACGAAGAGCAAAUUUGAUAACCUUUAUGGUUGCCGAGAGUCCCUCAUUGAUGGCAUCAAACGUGCCACAGAUGUCAUGAUUGCUGGAAAAGUGGCAGUGGUGGCAGGUUAUGGUGAUGUGGGCAAAGGCUGUGCCCAGGCCCUACGGAGCUUUGGAGCUAGAGUCAUCAUCACUGAAAUCGAUCCCAUCAAUGCACUGCAGGCAGCUAUGGAAGGUUAUGAAGUUACAACCAUGGAGGAGGCCUGCAAAGAAGGCAAUAUUUUUGUAACCACCACUGGAUGCACUGACAUUGUUCAGGGCAGGCACUUUGAGCAGAUGAAAGAUGAUGCCAUAGUGUGUAAUAUUGGCCAUUUUGAUGUGGAAGUUGAUGCGAAGUGGCUGAAUGAAAACGCAGUAGAGGUGGUGAAUGUUAAGCCCCAGGUGGAUCGUUAUACACUGAGGAAUGGCCGCCACAUUAUAUUGCUAGCAGAAGGCAGACUAGUCAACUUGGGCUGUGCCAUGGGUCACCCUAGCUUUGUUAUGAGUAAUUCCUUCACCAACCAGGUGUUGGCACAGAUCGAGCUGUGGACCAAUAGUGACAAAUACACUGUUGGAGUCCAUUUCCUUCCAAAGAAGCUGGAUGAAGCUGUGGCUGCUGCUCAUCUGGAUAAACUGUGUGUGAAGCUGACAAAGCUGAGUGAGAAGCAGGCCAAAUACCUAGGCUUAUCAAGAGAUGGGCCUUUCAAGCCAGACCACUACAGAUACUGAGCAGGUGGCACUACCCAAAGAACAACAUGCAGGGAUACGACCUUCCAAAGCUCUUUUGUGUAUGCUGGGAUCCUGAGAACAAGUCCUUCUCCAUCCUUCUCUCAGUACUGCAGAACUGAUCCCUUUACCAAGAAAGUUUCAGGGUUUACUUCCUUAGUGAGAGGGGAUCACUCUGACUCUUAGAAUUAGAAUUACUGGAAUUAAAAUUGGAAUUAGCUGAUGUCGUGGUGAAUACACACUCUUACUGACUUCCACUAUCCCAAUGAGGAGAGCGGGACAGAAGAGUUCUAAAUCUGAAUGCCUAGUCUUGUCAAACAGAUGGCUCACAGCCUGUUUGAACAGGCAAAGAAAUAAGGUGAGGAACUGUCUCUACAGGGAGAUCCUGCCUGCUGUGGCCUGUUCAAAUUAGAUGAAUCUUUUUAUUAGGCUUGCAAUGCCAGGCUUCUGUCCACAAAAGAGCCCUAAACCGGGAUGUAUAUUGUGAAGUUCAGGAAGUAGCACAGAGCAUUCCUGCAGCUUGUUUGGUCUCCUUCCUGUGGAAUCAAUUUAAUCUCUUCAGAGAUCAGGGAAGAGGGUUUUUUUCUGGGUCGCCUAGUCCAGCAGUUUCAAUCAAAACCAAGAGCCUUCUGUGCUGGUUCCAUAGCAUUUCUAGAAGAGUGUUUAAUUUUUUUUAGCAGUCUUCUAGUGUGUUGUGAAUGGCUGAGGAAAUCACUGAGGGGAUGGUUAAGUGUUGGGAUCUUGUUUGAUUCUCUGAAAACACCAGCAACACGCUUCUACCCCAACUUGAUUUUUCUAAGUUGUCAUGUCUGCAGUAUCUCUGUCAGUGUCUCAAAGUGCUUUUAUUAAAGAUCUGACUGUGGCCUAA